AUGAAUUACCUGCAGGGUCUGUGCAAAUUAUACAUUUUAACAAUUUUAGAGAUUUUCACCGGACCUUCAUUUAAACACCGACAAUUUACCAUCGCACCUUCUAUCUAUCUAUCUAUCUAUCUAUCUAUCUCAUUCUGUUCAUAUCUAUCUAUCUAUCUAUCUAUCUAUCUAUCUCAUUCUGUUCUUAUCUAUCUAUCUAUCUCAUUCUGUUCUUAUCUAUCUAUCUAUCUAUCUCAUUCUGUUCAUAUCUAUCUAUCUAUCUAUCUAUCUAUCUCAUUCUUGAAUAUCUAUCUAUUACAUAUCUCAUUCUGUUCAUAUCUAUCUAUCUAUCUAUCUAUCUAUCUAUCUAUCUCAUUCUGUUCAUAUCUAUCUAUCUAUCUAUCUAUCUAUCUCAUUCUGUUCAUAUCUAUCUAUCUAUCUAUCUAUCUAUCUCAUUCUGUUCAUAUCUAUCUAUCUAUCUAUCUAUCUAUCUAUCUAUCCUUUGUAGCUGUAAGCAGUGUUUGGGACUUUACUGUUCACUUUUGUCCCUAUUCUGUCAUAUGUUCAAUUCUCGUGAGUGACUUUGCCUUUUAG